AUGCGUAUUCCCGUAGACCCGAGCACCAGCAGGCGCUUCACACCCCCCUCCACGGCAUUCCCCUGCGGUAAGAUGGGAGAGAACAGCGGGGCGCUGGGGGCCGCCGCGCCGGGCGCUCGGGCGCGACCCGAGGUGCGCUCCGUCGUGGAUGUACUGGCCGACCACGCCGGAGAGCUGGUGCGCACCGACAGCCCCAACUUCUUGUGCUCCGUGCUGCCGUCCCACUGGAGGUGCAACAAGACGCUGCCCGUCGCCUUCAAGGUUGUAGCCCUCGGAGAUGUACCUGAUGGGACGGUGGUAACGGUGAUGGCAGGGAAUGAUGAAAACUACUCUGCAGAGCUCCGCAAUGCCUCCGCCGUGAUGAAAAACCAAGUAGCAAGAUUUAACGAUCUCAGAUUUGUUGGGAGAAGCGGCAGGGGAAAAAGCUUUACCCUGACGAUCACAGUGUUCACCAACCCCACCCAAGUCGCUACCUAUCACCGAGCCAUUAAAGUGACUGUAGACGGACCCCGGGAGCCACGAAGGCACAGGCAAAAGCUGGAAGACCAAACCAAACCCUUCGCUGACCGCUACGGGGAGCUGGAACGGCUGCGCCAGUCCAUGAGAGUCACCCCGACGACACCCAGCCCUCGCGGAUCUCUCAGCACCCCAAGCCACUUCGGGUCACAGGCCCAGACUCCAAUACAAGGCACAUCAGAUCUGAGCCCCUUCUCAGACCCCCGGCAGUUUGACCGCUCCUUCCCAACGCUACCGGCUCUCACCGAGACCAGGUUCUCCGACCCGCGGAUGCAUUACCCCGGCGCCAUGUCCGCUGCCUUCCCCUACACCGCAACGCCCUCUGCGACAGGCAUUGGGGGCAUCAGCAUGACUAGCAUGCCCACCACCACGCGCUUCCACCACACCUACCUGCCGCCCCCCUACCCUGGCUCCACACAGAACCAAAGCGGACCCUUCCAGGCCAACCCCUCUCCCUACCAUUUGUACUACGGCACAUCUUCGGGCUCGUACCAGUUCUCCAUGGUGGCAGGCGGCGAGCGCUCGCCCACCCGCAUGCUCUCUUCUUGUACAAGUGCUUCAGCAGGGAACAACUUAAUGAAUCCCAGCCUGGGCAAUCAGAACGACGGGGUCGAUGCAGAUGGGAGCCACAGUAACUCACCGACUACCAUGACGACUACAGGGAGGAUGGAUGAAUCGGUCUGGAGACCCUACUAG